GCUGCAACUGUUUCUCUCAUUCUCCACUUCAAUCAGUAACCAGGGCUUCUGCAAGCAAACCUGAAAGAAUACAAGAUCAUGAAGGAUCUCUGACCUGGAUUUUGGACUCAUACUACCACUACCACCACCACAACCAUCUCUGUCCGUCUCUAGGCCUAUUAUUUGAAAGGUUUUUUUUUUUUUUUGUGCAGAUGGACCAUAGACAGCGUUGAGAGCGUCUAAAUUCAGCAGAAAGUCCGGAAUUCAGUCGAUGGUGGUUUGACCGGACGUUUGAGGGACUUCCCGUUCUCAGUUUUCACUUCACCAGGGGUUUUGGAAGAAAUGAGCAUGAAUCCACUGUGGAAAGUGUACAAGAGCAAGGUGAUGAAGACCCUCAACGCUGACACUGAGGAAGAGCCUGCUGAAGAGGUGUGUGAGACAGCAGAAGAAAUGACUCCAGUCCAGCACGAUGAAGGACCAAGCGCUGUGUCUCAGCUGGCGAAAAGAGUACAGGGCGUGGGGACGAAGGGCUGGAAAAGUAUGACUGCUCUAUUUAAUAAAGACGAUGAGCAUCAGCUCCUGGAGUCUGAGACUGAGAGUCAGCCGGUACCGGACCACCCACUGGCGGUGAAACCAGAAGAGCCGACGCGACCCAACAAACGCAACACAGGAUUCUGGGACACCUUUGCCACCAAGUGGAACCAGGCAGAGGCUAUGAAACAGGCUGAAGCAGCGGAGGUGGCCGGUGAGGGCGGAUCCGAUGGGAGGAGUCAAGAGGAAGCGGAUCAGGCAGGAGUGGAGAACACAGCAGGAGAAGAUGGAGGUGGCCAGGGCAACAGCUUCUCCAAAUAUGCCUCUCUGGGCGGGGCCAAUGAUGAUACACCUGCCUUUAAAUGGAACUUUGUGACCAGCAAGCUGGCCGAGCUGAAGAGCAGAAGCACAACCAAGAGCAACUAGCCAACAACAUAAGAGGACGCCAGAGACAGAAAAAGAAAAAAAAAAAAAACGGAUGGAAUUUAGUCUGUAUCUGCUCUCUCUGAAUAUAUAUGGCUUCCACCUUUACUUGAUGUACUGCUGCAUGACACACACUCUUCAGGGAAUUAUGCACAACAGGCACUAUUCAAGCUACAAUCACAUAAAUAACAUGGUGUGCAAUCACAAUAUGUUCCUGAAGGCAGUUUUGCUCUUUAGUAUAUGGUCAUUCUAUCUCAAGUGGUCCAAUGCAGGUUGCUCGACUGUUUUUAAUUAAAAAAAAAAUAUUUUUUUGAGUGAUUACCUCUAUGUAUUGCCAUUGCAAAACCACCAGUUUUUUUGUUUGUUUGUUUUCAUUUUACUUGGUUUAACUACGAUGGGCAUCUUUGUGUCCUGGCACACAAAUUUUGGUUUACGGAAAGCUCAAUAUCACGGCUCAGGAUGGGCUAGCUCCUCGGAACAAAAACUGAUCUCUAGAGCACAGUACAUGUACCUAUAUAAACAUUUUGCACACUCAUGUUCCAUUGACUUAGAACUUAUGUCCAAAUUUAGCGCUCAAGAUUGCUCACAGUUCCACAUUUACAGUAAAUUUUUAACGGCAAGGGUUCGAGUCUCCAUCUUAAUUUUUUUUAGGGGAUACUUAGGUAGGUAUAGCGUGCAUGCAUCAGGUUUGAGACUUCUCAUAUUUAUGGGGGUGUGAAUUUGCAGUUUAAAAAAAAAAUAAAAAAUCCCACCACUUUCCGGUUGAAUAUCUCUGGUGGGGGACCAGAUACGAACGUGAAAUUUUCACAAAAACAAGUCUUCUAUAAUACCAUUCUGCUGUAAGAAUUGUGAGUUUGAGAUUGGAGGUAAACUCUGCAGGACAGUAGACCUCCUGGGCCAGAUUAGAACAACCGGCCUGAUCUGUCAUGUUGGUACAGGUGUACAGUUGUUAUGUGUGAGUAGAUUGUAACCAAAUAUGGAAUCACAGUGAUCAGUUGGGCGUUUUACAAAUGAAAAGUGUCAUAAACUGAGCUGUGGUGUUGUUUCUCCCGUGAUAAAAGCAGUAAGUGACUGUAGUAAAAGUGUCUGUAGUAAAAAUUAAAAAACAGUCAAGCAACCAACUUUGCAAUUAUUGGACCACUUGAGAUGGAAUGACCCUAUAAGAAACAUCCCUGCUAUUUUGCACUAUAAGUAUAGUCUAGUUUAGUUUGAAUCCUGCUAGUAUUUCUGUGGAUUCUUUUCCUUCAAACCAUCUCCCAGACCUGAAUAACAUAAUUGUAACCCCAUCAUCUUGAACAAGUCAUCAUAUAAGUAGUCAUAACAUGCUUUAUACCUUUGUUAAUCCAUUGAAUAAGUAGCUACAGCCUUAACACUGCUGCUACGGUAAUGCUAAUUUCUGCUAGUGCAGCUGUAGGAUUUACAGUAUCAUGUGUUGCUGCAUUUGUAUGAUUAUUGUACUCAAACAUAAGAAAAACAAGAUCACUGACUUAGAAAUAAACAAUUGAAUGGUUCCUUGUGGACGUUCUGAUGACAUAAGCACACUUGAAUUCACAGACAAAAUGGCGACAUACACAGUGAACGCUAAGCCUUAGCCUUUUAGAAAACAUGUUUCUGGUUUUCAACAUAAUACAGGUGAUUUGUAUUUAACAACACUACACGAAAUUUAGUAUGUUGUGCUAGCAAUGAGGUUUUUUUUAUUUUUCUGGUAUCACAUGAUACCCUAGAUGGAUACCUAAAUGGUUUAAAGUAGAAAAUGUUAAAUAUUGUAGUAAUUAAUGUAGUCCUGGUCAAAUUUCACAGGUUUCCAUGAAUUAUCUAUGUCUUGGCAUGCAUGUAUGAGCACAACAGAACGUAGCAUUAUCAUCAAGCUAAUAUCUAGUGGUCUUUAUUUACCACAUCAACAAGCUAACUGGAGUCAUUUCUGAAUUAGCAUGCCUAUAGUAAACACAUUUACAAAUAGACAAUAUUAAAAGCGACAAAAGCAAACACUGUAUAAGUCAAAAUGGCUGCUAGAUGGCGAAAAAUACAUGGUAAUGUAACAAUAUAAAUGAGGUUACUAAUGGUAGCGCGGGCACAAAGAAUGCACUUUUGUCCAGGAGGAAAAUGGGAUCAUGUGAGUUCUGCUUGUUUUCUACUUGUCUUAUUUCCUGUCCUGGCUCCUAAAUUCAGUUUGGUCUAAUAUAUGAAACCAGAGUCAGAGUUUCUGUGUGUGUGUGUGUGAGAGAGAGAGAGAGAGCGAGAGAGAGAGAGAGAGACUUUCAGGCAAACCUAUACGCUGAUAUGUGCGAACAUCUGCGGAACGUUGUCAUAAUGGUGCCUGCUGUAAGCUGUUUGCUCUCUUCUCUUCUGCUUCAUUCUUUCACCUUACAAAAAUAAAUUUACUGCAAAUAAAGACCA